AUCCCCAUAUAAUCCCAACCACAGCCACACGGUUGGGUGUGCAGCCCAUCUUCCUCUCCUUAUUAGGUGAGAAGAGAGCAGAAACUGCUACCGCCAUAGCAGCUACAGCUAUAGCUAAGCUAGCUUGUCACUGAGUCCUUGCCUUCACAGCAUUGCGAGAGAGGGAUGGGCAGCUUGGGAGAGGUUGAUCAUGGCAAGGAGAUGUUCCAUGGCCACGGCCAUUCUGAUCCCGUCGUCAACGAGCUCGACAGGCUGGAGAAUCUUCUCAGAGAAAAUGAGAGAGAGCUAGGACAUGCAUAUAGUGAAAUAAAAGGCUUGAAGCUGACGGAAGCUCUGAAGGACAAGGCUAUUGCUGAGGUGAGCAAGGAACUGAAGAAACAGGACGAGAAGAUGAGAAGUUUGGAGAAACAGCUUGAGAAGAAGAAUUUAGAUGUGAUAAGACUAAGCAAUGAGCGUAAAGAAGCAUUAUCUGCACAGUUCGCUGCGGAGGCAACACUCAGAAGGAUACACUCUUCCCAGAAAGACGAGGAAGUGGUUCCCUUUGAUGCCAUCAUAGCGCCCCUGGAGUCGGACAUAAGAAACUACAGACAUGAGAUUGCAGUGCUCCAGGAUGACAAGAAGGCGCUAGAACGGCAUCUAAAGCUGAAGGAGGCGACCCUUGUCGAAGCAGGGAACAUUUUGCGUAGUACACUUGAGAGGGCACUUAUAGUAGAGGAUGUUCAGAACCAGAACAUUGAACUCAACAAGCAGAUGGAGAUGUACCAUGAAGAGAACAGAUUGUUAGAAAAGAAUAACAGACAGAAGGUGUUAGAGAUCGAGAAGCUCUCGCAUACCAUCAGCGAGCUUGAGGAGACUAUUCUUGCUUCUGGCGAUGUUGCCAAUGCAGUGCACUUCUUUCAGAAUCAGGCUGCCAAGUUGACUAAGGAAAAGAAGACUCUUGAGAGGGAGCUAGCUCGAGCCAAGGUUUAUGUCAAUCGUGUUGCAUCGACAGCGGCAAAUGAAUGGAAAGAUGACUCUGAUAAGCUGAUGCCUGUCAAGAGAUGGCUGGAAGAACGAAGGCUCCUUCAGGGAGAGAUACAGCGACUGCGUGACAAGAUAACAAUAGCCGAGAAAUCUGCAAAGAUUGAAGCCCAGCUUAAUGAUAAACUCAAAAGGAGACUGAAGUCCCUGGAAGAAGACAUGAGAAAUGAAACAUCCAACUCAUCUGCAAAGGAAAUCAACAAACGAAUCGCUCCCAAAAGAUCAACAUCUCAACCAAGACAAACUAGCACAGCCAAAGUGACACAUCAAUCACCCUCAUCUGAAGCCACUGAGAGGAGAAGGCCAACAUCUCAACCAAGGGCGUCAAUGGCAGGGAAAGUGUUGAAGCAGCCAUAUUCAAAAACCGAACCUGCAGAGAAGACUAAAAGUGUUAUGCGAUUCGACAGUCCAAGAUCAAGAAAUGUUGUUGGUAAAGGGGAGCGUCCUGUGAAGAAUCAUCUAUGGGCGACAAGAAGCAAAAUGACCGCUGAUGAUGGUAAGGAGAACAUGGAACAUCUGAAUGUGUCACGUUUACAAGGACGUGAUGACACAAAGGCUCACGCUGUAUUUGAUGCAAAUUGCGAAUGUGGAGUUCAGUGCAUUGAACAUCAAGAAGCCAUCAAGGACGAGGGAAAUGUUCAUACCUCCAAUGCCGAAACUAGUACUUAGGACAACAGGGAAGGUUGAGGUCUUGAGGAUUUCUUCUUGCAUGAGGAUACUUAAUAGAAGGACAAAUAGCAAUUAUUCAUGUACAGAUACAAGAUGUGACUUACUUGAAGAGCAUGUGUGCCUAUCUACAGCUUAAUUUAUUCCAUUUGUGAGGUUGUUUGGACAAGGAAGCCAGUAGUGGUGUCUCUGCGUUUUUCUUGUUUUUUUUUCUCUCCUGGACAUAUAAACUAUAUCAUAAAGCCUACACAUGUAAUUUGUGCCUGCCAAAAAGAAAGAAGUUCUUCAAAAAAGAAGAAAGAAAGAAAGAAAUUUAUAGCUUUUUGAGAAAA